AUGGAAUUCCCAGUUAAAAUUGAAGAAAACCUUAUUGACUCAUAUUUUUGGAACAACGAAGACUCCAGUGGCCUGAAGCAGCAGAUAUCAGACGUACAGAAACAUCACUCUUACAAUAAAUCGCUAAGGAAAGACAUUCAUUUAUCGAGAUCAGAAUUGGAUGAAACUAGAAAGCAUUUGAAAGCGCAAGAAAAUCAAUUGCAGUUUGAAUAUGGAGAAUAUGAAAACGAACUUGACGUAUUUCAAAAGAAAAUGCAGGUCUUUUCUACUGAAGUACUCGAAAGUCGCUUCUCAGAAACAUUAAAAAAAAAGCAGGAUGAUCUCAAUUCUUUAAAAACCAAAUUAAUGAACCAAGAAGUAUCAGCCGUUGAUUAUGCUUCCUUGGUCUUGCAAACGAUGAAUCACUGA